CCAAGUGCCACGGUGUCUCAGCAGGCUUCAGUGUAUGAGUGUGUUCGUCAGCACUGCUGCUGUGUGUCUUCUCGUUUAUUAUUGUAUUGUUGUAAUUUUUUUUUUCUUGUGAUGAGUGUUGCUGUAUGAUACCUCCAAUCUGGAUCACGGCGGCACCAACAGGAAGAAGAUUGAGGAAUUCUCUAAAUCUUCUCGUGAGAAACUGCUGCAGUCCAAAAACAAAAUGUUUUCCAAAUUCACCUCCAUCCUCCAGCACGCAGUCGAGGCGCUUGCUCCUUCACUUCCCUUGCAAGAGGAUUUUGUGUAUCACUGGAAGGCAAUCACACAUUACUAUAUAGAAACAUCAGAUGAUAAAGCCCCAGUGACAGACACAAACAUCCCCUCCCAUCUGGAGCAGAUGCUCGACAUCCUGAUACAGGAGGAGAAUGAGCGCGAGUCUGGAGAGACUGGGCCCUGCAUGGAGUAUUUACUGCAUCACAAGAUCCUGGAGACCCUCUACACGCUGGGCAAAGCUGAUUGUCCUCCUGGAAUGAAGCAGCAGGUGCUGUCAUUCUAUACAAAACUGCUAGGAAGAAUCCGUCAGCCCCUGCUUCCUCAUAUCAAUGUGCACAGGCCAGUUCAGAAACUUAUCCGUCUUUGUGGAGAGGUUCUAACGGCUCCUACGGAGAAUGAAGAAAUCCAGUUUCUCUGUAUAGUGUGUGCAAAGCUGAAGCAAGACCCUUACCUGGUCAACUUCUUCUUAGAGGUGAAGCAGGAUCCUGUCCUGCAUUCUUACAGAAGGCAGGUGAUCAGCCAGGCUGCAGAAACUACAUUGAACAAGUCAAAGACAGGUGCAAGCGGGUCCUCCAUCCCUGUUAGAGAAAGCGUAUUGGGAAAACUCAAAGAACCCAGCGCUUCCUGCGCUUCUGAUACUGGGCAGACUGAGGUCACUGGAGACCCUGGAGCAGCUACCAACAAAGAAACUGAGUUGACGCAACAGGCUGCCGAGGAGUCUGUCUCAGUGAACACGUUGAAUAUACCGUCGCAGAGCGAGACUGCUGCAAAUCGUCCCAACCAGGACUACAAUCUAGUCAAUUCUUUGCUUAAUCUAACAAAGAGCCCUGAUGGACGGAUUGUAGUGAAAGCCUGUGAAGGUCUUAUGCUGUUAGUUAGUUUGCCUGAGCCAGCAGCUGCCAAGUGCCUGACAGAGAACACUGCCCUGUGUGAGCUUCUUACAGAGAGGCUGACUGUGUUCUACAAAGCACUGCCGCAGUCAAUGGAUCCACUGGAUAUAGAGACCAUCGAGUCAGUUAACUGGGGUUUGGAUGCAUACAGCGGCAAAGAAGACAGGACAGCAUUCCCAGGAAAGCGAGCCCUCAUCUCUUUCCUGUCUUGGUUGGAUUACUGUGAUCAGCUUAUCAAAGAAGCACAGAAGACUGCUGCUGUAACACUUGCAAGAUACGUGCGGGAGAGGUUCUUUGUUUCUGUCAUGGAGCCACAGUUAAUGCAGACGUCUGAAAUUGGAAUUCUGACCUCGACAGCUCUGCUAAACCGUCUCAUUCGCCAGGUCACGUCUGUAGCUUUGCUGCAGGAGACGGUUUACUUUAUUUUGGGGGAACAGAGAGAGCCUGAAACACUGGCAGGCAUUAAUAGUUAUCCUCUGAGGCACCGACUCAUAGAGCAUUGUGAUCAUCUUUCAGAUGAGAUCAGUAUAAUGACCCUAAGAAUGUUUGAGCACCUCUUACAAAAACCCAGUGAGCACAUCAUUUACAACCUGGUCCUCAGGAACUUGGAGGAGAGAAACUACAACGAAUACAAACCUCCUUGUCAAGAAGACAAAGAUGUGGUGGAAAACGGACAAAUAGCUGGAGCCAUAGACCUAGAGGAAGAUCCUCUUUUUACAGACCUUUCACCUAGCAACAGAUUAUCGGCUGAUUGGCUGAGUGCAUCCCCGCCUCAAACUCCAGACCACACAAAAUCCGAUGGCAAGACAGAGGUUCAUAAAAUUGUAAAUAGCUUCCUUUGUUUAGUCCCCGAUGAAGCAAAAUCUUCAUAUCAUGUGGAAGGCACAGGUUAUGAUACCUACCUCAGAGAUGCACAUAGACAGUUCUGUGAAUUCUGUGCUUUCUGUACGAGGUGGGAGUGGCCAGGAGCACCGAAGACGUUUGAAAAUUGUCAUUUGGAAGCUGCUUUCUUUGAGGGGCAUUUCCUUAAAGUUCUUUUUGACCGGAUGGGUAGGAUUCUUGAUCAGCCUUAUGAUGUGAAUUUACAAGUGACUUCAGUGUUGUCGAAAUUGUCCAUGUUUCCCCACCCUCACAUGCACGAAUACUUAUUAGAUCCUUACAUCAACUUAGCUCCAGGCUGUCGGUCUCUCUUCUCUGUGAUUGUCAGGGUGGUUGGAGACCUUAUGUUAAGAAUCCAGCGCAUCCCAGAUUUUACCCCUAAACUUCUGCAGGUCAGAAAGCGAUUGCUGGGACUGGACCCUGAAGAUGCAGUCAUUGACCACAGUACCUUGUUGGAGGGUGUGAUUGUCCUGGAGGAGUUUUGUAAGGAGUUGGCAGCAAUAGCAUUUGUUAAAUUUCAUGCAUCAACAACGCCAUAGUGGACAUUGUAUUGCACACUGUGAAUGUCACAUACUUAAAACAAGACAAUUUGGAAGCUCAGCAGAUGUGCUACAGUGAGUUGUUGGGAGAGCAGAACUUCAUUCUUUAACAAAAAUCCAUCAUUUUUCACGACUGCUAACCAUGACAUGCCACCAGUUAACAACCUGGCUUUGAUUCACUGAUUCUUUAGUUGUCACAUCUUUUUGCCGAAUGGUCAUGUUCUUAGUCCUACAACUGCUAAACCAAAAGCUAAAUUAUGAGCCUGUGAAGAUCUUAUAGGAUAAAGGGAACUGGUUUCAAAAUAAUUGGAAAGUCUUGGACCAAGAACAGAAGAUUUCACAACAAUACAAGCCAAGCUGUCUUUUUUACAUUUUAUUUUACAUUUUAUUUUACAACAUUUUUCUUAAACAUGGGUCUACGUGCAAAAACUGCCUCUGUUCUUAACAGUGCUAUUUAAACAAAGCUAGGUGAUUUCUGUUUUAGUAUUUUUAGUGCAGCUAUUUUAGCGUUAUACCCAAAAAUGAAUCUGGACAGAAGUGUAAA